AGGCAGCGCAGCCAUGCGAGAAGGCAGCAAACAGCAGCUGAGUUAACGGCGCACACUCUCACGCGUUAGAACAUCGCGGCCGCUAAAUUAGUGACCGAGGCAGAGCGCCAGGCAAUACUCUUGUACCCCAACGUUUGCACAACAUUUGCCUUUCCAUAUAUUUCUCGGUUAAAAGUUCAAAGCAAAGUGAAGUGAAGCAAAGCAAAGCAACAAUAAUAACACGCGCCACAGCAAAAGAGCUUACAAGAGAAGGCAGAGGAGAGAGUGAAAGAGAGAGAGAGGCUGCAACAAUUGUUUAACAGCAGCCAAGCAUAAGUGACGAUGGCCAUAACACCGACCAACACUGGUAACACGAUCGCCUCUACAUCCAGCACUCCUAAGCUGGCCAAGUUCAAGUCUUCCUCAUUGGACCAUGAGAUCUACACGGCAAAUAGACGAGGCACUAUUGCCACCGCAGCCAGCAGCGAUUGGAAAGCUUUGCGAACUCCGCUCAACGGUAGAUCUUUGCAUGUGGGCGGCGUCAGUGGUGGUGCGGGAACGGGGGCGGGGGGUGGCACUGGACACAUGACACGAGCUGCCUCCACCUCAUCGCUAGCCAGCAGUACACGCACCAUGACCAACUAUCAGGAGUACAAAAUGGAAAUUAUUAAUCAGGGCAAGUGCCUGUGCGGACAGUACAUUAGAGCACGACUGCGACGUGCGGGGGUUCUGAAUCGCAAGGUAACGCAAAGACUACGUAACAUAUUGGAACCAUCUUCACAUGUCGUCUACGAAGUGUUUCCAGCACUCAAUAGCAUGGGGGAAGAACUGGAGCGUAUGCAUCCUCGUGUUUACACGAACAUCUCCAGACAGCUGUCACGUGCGCCUUUUGGCGAACUGGAGGACAGCGAUAUGGCGCCAAUGCUACUCAAUCUGGUUGCCAAGGAUCUCUUUCGCACAAGCAUUACUUGGGGCAAAAUAAUCUCGAUAUUUUCGGUCUGCGGCGGAUUUGCCAUUGACUGUGUCCGUCAGGGCCACUAUGACUAUUUGCAGUGUCUGGUCGAUGGCCUGGCUGAGAUAAUUGAGGAUGAUCUGGUCUACUGGCUUAUCGACAAUGGCGGCUGGCUUGGACUGCAGCAACAUAUAAGGCCGCGAGUCGGUGAAUUCACAUUUCUUGGCUGGUUGACGCUGUUCGUAACCGUUUCGGCAGGCGCAUAUGUUGUAUCGAAUGUUUGCAAGCGCAUUGGCUGUCAGUUGUAUUCGUUAAUAUUUUAGUUUCGGGUCGCCCUAGCUCUAAUUGUACCCUGUAGUCAGUGAGAUAUACUUGCAAUCAUUCCUGCUUAAAGUGUUUAAAUAGCUUGUAAAGAAAACUGUUUAAUAUUUGAUAUUGAUAAUUGUUACAUUGUUUUUGUAUAUACGCCUAACAUAGCGCCAACCGCAUAGAGAAAAUAAAUUACAAUAAAAACUA